UAUAAUUUACGUCAUUGAAAUAAUGUUUUAUAGGAUAUUUUAUUAAUAACGGUUUAAAUUAUUGUCUUAAUCGGUUAAAUGAGCGCAGAAGAGAGUGUUAUCACUAUCACAGAAGAUGACACUGGAAAUAAAGCAGAAAACGUUGGAGAUAACGACGAACACAAAUACAAAGUAUUCGAUGAUCCUGUUGAAAAUGGUUCCGAAAAAGAUGUUGAAGAAACCGAAAUACCUUUAUACGAGAUACCAAAAGAAAAUCAAAAAUCGAAGGCGUUUGAUGAGAAAGUUUACGUUGUAGCAUAUAAUUCGGUACAACCUCAGAGAAUUCAACGUGCUGGAGGUAUCGGUCCACCAUUAUACUAUGAUCCUGCACGCAAUGACUUUGUUAAGUUGGUACUAAUUCUUGUACUGAUCAUGUUAUUGAUAACGGCAGGUUUCUUAGCUAUGGUUAACGCUUCAGACGAGUGGCGUGACAUGUUUGUUUCGAGUGGAACGACGUUACCAAUGUUUGCACUGUUACUUCUAAUGUGCGUUAACUAUGCCUUUAUAUGUAGUGCUUGUGCAAGAUAUCCUCCAUGCAAUUUUGUCUGCUUGCUACUUGCGGUUGUUGCGAUGACUAUCCUAGCUUCGUUCAUCACCUCACAUUAUCGAACUGAGAUUGUUCUAUACGCAACGAUAGCGACAGCAGCAGUUGUGUUCGUUUGUGUAAUUUUGGCCUUCACUUCUUUUGAUUUCACUGCGUGGAUAUUGUACGUUAUUGUGGUAUCAGUAGCGCUGUCAGUGAUUAUUAUGAUCGUUGUUCUAAUGAUGCUUAUAACGGGCCAGACUAUGAAACCUGUUGUAUUGGUACUUCUAAUUGUUGCUACAUUAGUACAAGCUAUUAUGUUGACGAUAGAACUUCAAAGUGUAUUAGGAGGACGAUCUGUGGAGCUUUCGGAAAAUGAUUAUGCUCUCGGAGCUUUUAUGAUUUACACAUCGAUUAUCAGCAUUUUCCUUAAAAUAGUUCAAAUUCUUGGUAUUUUAGAUGAUGGAUAAAUUUACCGUGUUAAUAAGUAGUUUUUGUAUUUUAUAUGUAUGUUAUU